GCUAUCACAAGCUUGUUUGUUCGAAACGAUCAUCAGCUGAACGACGCGCCUUGUGGUUUGAGGACCUCAAACUAUAUGCGUUUCCCUUAGGGUUUUUCACUGGUGACUUUGGUAACCUCGUUUGGGUCAAUUGAAAACAUGUUUGGCUGGUCAGGUAAUUGCGAUGCAUAAAAGGUGUCCUACCCGUUCUCAGCUACCUGGAAACCAGUCCAAUCUCUUCUUCAUACGGUCUCAUGCCUUCCCUCACUAGCAGCGUCUUAGUCGCCCUCUUUUCUUCACUUGCCUCCCCAGUGGCUAGUGUAAGUUACUCCCAGACCGAUAGCUUUGUAGGGUCCCAGUUCAACAGUGGCUUCACAUAUGAAGCCAUUGCUGACCCAACCAACGGCUGUGUAAAUUAUGUCAACGCUGCCACUGCAGCCAGCCAGAAUCUGACCUACGCGUCUGAUGAUACUUUCAUUUUGCGCUCGGACUUCACGACUGUGUUAUCAGCCACUGGUCCUGGACGUAACUCCGUUAGACUGCAAUCGAACGAACAAUAUGGAAGCAACACGGUGAUGGUUUUCAACAUUCGUCAUAUGCCGCAAGGCUGCGGUACUUGGCCUGCAGUAUGGACUUUUGCUGAUCCGUGGCCAACGAUGGGAGAGAUCGAUAUUCUGGAAGGGGUUAAUGAUCAGACAUAUAAUCAGGCAACUUUGCACACCUCUCCAGGUUGUACAAUGCCAACUUCUCGGAACGAAACUGGAGUUGCUCUCACCUAUGAUUGUGACACUGCAGUCAAUGGAAACUCCGGCUGCGGUGUUCAAAUUCAGAACGCGCUUAGCUACGGACCACCCUUUAAUGACAAUGGUGGAGGAUGGUACGCUGUCGAACGGACUGAUACUUUCAUCAAGAUUUGGUUUUGGGCUCGAAACAAUAACAACGUCCCAGCCGAUGUCCAAGAUGGAAACCCCAGUGUUGAUACCGAUGCCUGGGGCAUUCCUUUUGCAUACUUCCCGGACACCUCAUGCUCGAUAAGCGACCACUUCGGUGCUCACAACAUCAUCAUCAACUUGACGUUCUGUGGUGAUUGGGCAGGAUCUGUAUACUCGGACUCCAGCUGCCCAUCAACCUGCGUUGACUAUGUCGACAACAAUCCCGCAGCCUUCAUUGAUGCCUAUUUCGAUUUUGCAUGGGUCAAAGUGUACGGGUAGACAACUUCUUUGCACUCGUUCACGACCGAUAUCAAUGAAUGUAUAGUAUAAUGCAAGAUUGCGUCCGGCUUCGCAUAGUUUCCCUUUCAUGAAACAUUCGACUGGCGGAGGCGAUAUCGUGGGCUCAGAGUUACUGUUACGGCGUUAUUUUCUUGGCCUCAACGAUAUACAUCUUGGCAC